AUGGCAAACAUCAAGGUUGCUCUUGCCGGAGCCAGCGGAAACCUCGGUCCCGCCGUACUCAAGGAACUGCUCGCCGCAGGCUUUGACGUGACAGUCCUCACCCGACAAGGCAGCGAUAAAACCUUCGAUUCCCGCGCGCACGUCGCACAAGUGGACUACGAGUCCCUCGACUCCCUCAAGGCCGCUCUGUCUGGACAAGAAGCCGUAGUCAGCACUCUACAUGUCGGCGCAGUUCCGAUAUCCACUCAUCUGCGCUUGAUUGAUGUAGCAGUAGCAGCUGGUGUCAAGCGGUUCAUCCCGUCGGAAUACGGCUGCGACACCACGAACCCCCUCACGUCCAAAUUGCCUGUCUACGGCGAUAAGGUCGUCAUCCAGGAACAUCUCAAGAAUGUCGCUAAGGAAUCUGGCCUCAGCUACUCGUUCCUCAUUACUGGUCUUUUCCUUGACUGGGGUCUUGAGAAGGGUCUUAUAGUCAAUUUUGCUGGCCCGGCGACGCUGUAUGAUGGCGGUGAUCGCCGUUUUAGUGCGACGACUCUCGCUGGUAUUGGCAAGGGAGUUGUUGGGAUCAUCAACAACCUUGACGCUACUAAGAACUCCACGGUCUAUAUCAAUGAGGCUAGGGUCACGCAGAAUGAGCUCCUGGAAUUGUCUGGAAAGAGCCUUGAGACGAAGGUUGUUCAGACUGCAGAUCUGGAACAGCAGGCUUUUGCGGAACUGGCUAAACCGGCCCCCAACCGGACAAUCUUUGCUACGAAUUUGAUUCUGCGGGCUGUCUUUGGUGAAGGAUACGGCGGUCUUUUCGACCCUGAGAAGGUCUCGAAUGAGUUGUUUGGUCUGAAGAUUUUGUCCAAGGAGGAACUCCGCGGCCUGAUCCCCAAGUAA